UUAGCAUAUGGUUUUUUUUUAGAAAUUAAACUAUUUUUAACUUAAAUUUAUUUUUAAUUUAGUUUUUUUAAUUUGUUACUUUUAGAAAUAUCUAGGGUUAUUUUACUGUAAAAUUAGUCUAAACUUGAGAUGAAAAAUUUACGUAUGCACUCAAAAUAUGUUUAUAACAACAUAAUGCAAAAUCUGUGUCUUUUAUUAUAAAAAGCUCUAACUAAAAAAAUGUUCAAUUAUACUAAUUGGUGCCAAUAGAUUAAAACAGCCAAAAGUAACAACUCUAAGGGUGGUUUAAAAGUAUAAAGAUGACCAAAGUCUAUAUCUUGAAAGUAUGUAGUUUUUUAAGGUAUCCCAUCACAUUGUAUAAUUAAGGCACUUAGUGUGUAUUUUAACUUUCUGUUGUUUAUAUUGAGUGAGUAAUGAACUUUGCAGCCGUCGGUAACACAACAAAUUGUGCAGAGUUCAACUUCCACGCAGAUCCAGAGGCCGCUUAUAUUGUUCUUAACUCGGCAAUAAAGCACAAAGUGCUGAUACCGUGGGAAACUUGUUGUCAAGUUCCAUUUUCGUUGGACUGGCGAGAUAACGAGUUGGGAGCGUGCGAUAACAAGGCAAUCGAACUGAUGAACAGAGUAGAGCAGCCGUUGAGAUUGAAACCGACGUUUGUGGACUGGAUGCCAUGUGACCAGCUGGUUUCUGCUGUGCUGCUACAGCCGGAAGUGAUCACCGAAAGCGAGAUGACACAUCUCACAGUGGAGCUGCACGGGCAAUACACGCGCGGACAGGUCGUGCUCUGUCGCAAACACAUAUUGCCUCCAAACACUCUGCUCGUUAAAGAUAUCAACAAAGAGUUGUUUGCUCAGCUGUUGCUGAAGGUUCACAACCUCUGAUUAAGAUCACUUAUUGUGAUUGGAGUAAUGUGAUAUUUUUUACUGUUGGAAUACUCUAUAUUUUUAUCUGGGAAAUACUAUGUUAGGGAUGUUUGAAGCAGGCAAGCUCUUACACUUGGCUAUAAAAUGGCACAGUACCAAAUUGGGGGUUACUAUUAUAGUAACUUCUGGUAGCGAAUGUUUUAAAUCAAGACUACAGAAUCUGAAAGGAAUCGUUAAUAUAAGCCAAUAAUUUUUGUGGUAAUCACAUCAUAGUGCAGGCGAACUCAGUAUGUACAUUCUUUGUUUUUUUCGAUUUUCAAUUAAAUUUAUGGUUUCCAUGCAUAGCCAAAUACUAAACCAACAAUUUUUAUUGUAGUAGAUCAUGGAAUACAGGCCAUGAUUGUCAAUAGAUAAAUUUCUUUAUUCAUAAUCUUGGAGAUCAGAACGGUGUCCUAAUAUAUUAAGAUUUUUAAUUUGUUUUAAAGUUAAGAGAUACAUCUGGUAAAUAAAUAGUUCUUAUGUAUAAUAAGUGUAAAUCUUCUAAUUCGAAGGUCAAACAUAUAUUUCAAACUUACAAUUGACAAUAUUUAAAUAGGUUACUACAAACUUCAGUCAGCAAUGAAGAAACAAAGUUGUGUGAACCUAUUUAUGUUGCAAUAUUAUUAUCGAACCAGUACAUGAAUUAAUUUAUUUUCUGCACUAGGGUGUCAUAUUCAUCAAUAAAUAAAACUAAUGAAACUGCAUGACAAAGUUUUUUUAGUUAAAUUUUUUUAAAGUUUGUAUCCCUGAUUCUGCGUGAAGCACAAACCAAGCCUGUCUAAACAUGCC